AUGAAAUAUAGAUAUAUUUAAUCAUUAACAGAACUCUAAAAUAAAGUAUUGCAAUAUUUUUAAAAAUAAGAAAAGGUAAUCACAACAUUAAUUGAACAAUAAAACCAUCAAAUAUCACUAAAUAUUAGCUAAGCAAAUACGCUUUUAACCAAAUAAUCUGUUCUGGAUUCUCAAUCCAUUGAUAAUUUUAUUAUAUUCAUAACAUUAAAUAAUGCAAAAUAAUAAAUUAUUGAGAAUUAAUAUAAUUAAAUCAAUAAUUAUUUAGAAAGACAGUUCAAUUAUGAAUUUGCUGAAAUUUAAUGUAAAGUAAACUAAUUAACGACAAUGGAUAUUAAAUUUAAUAAUGUACCUAAAUUUGAAGAGGAAUAAUUCAAAAUUGAAACUGUUGAAAAAAUAAAUGAUUAAUUGCCCUUUUGUAAAGAUCACUAAAUGGAGAAAAACUGUAUUUGUAUACAUCAAGAUUGCUUAAAAGAGCAAAAUCUACAAUAUACUUGUAUAUAAUGUGCUGAGAGUAAUCAUUAAGAACACCACAAAGGAAACUAUGUAAAAACCUUAAAGAAAUUAAAGUAAGAAUAAGUUGAAAAAAUUAAAUUAAUUGAAGAAAAUUUAAAAAUGCUUAAAGUGGAAGUUGAAAACAGAAUUGAUAAAGUGCUAAAAGAAAAUUAAGAAUAACAUUAGGAAAAUUUUAUUUAGUCUUAAAUAUAAAGGGAAAAUCUUAAACUAUUGGAAGCUUUUACAGUAAAUGAUCAUCUCAAAUAAAAUUCCAAAUAUAUCUAUAAAAAAAUUGACUAGAAUUUAUUAUAAUAUGAUUCAGACAUGAUCCAAUAAGAAUUUUAGUUUUAACUAAAUACAUUCGAAUAAUUAAAAUAAUAAAAUACAACAAUUAAGAAAAAGGAAUUUCUUAAAUUAUACCAAAGUAUUGAAAAUGUAACACUGAACUAUAAGUAAGAAACAUUUAAAUUAAAGAAUUAAGUGUAAUAAUAUGAAAUCUAAAUAUCUGAGUUAUAAAAGAAAUUAGAGGCAUAGUCAAAUGAAUCACUUUUAAUAAAGCUCAAACAGAUCAUUUGUGAGGGAUAGAAUUAAAUAUAAUAAUAAAUUGAAGCAACUCCAAAAAUUGUUGUUGAAAGUAUGCAAUUUAAAUUCCUAUAAUAAGACAUGAAACACGCUAUAAUAAAAAUUAAUGAAAUAAAAUAAUAAACUGACGCUGUACAUUAGUUUGUUGUUUCUCUCAAAGAAGAUAUGAAAAAUAUUAUAAUACAAAUUAAUAAAAUCCAAUAAUAGACUGAAGCUGUACCUUAAUUUGUUGUUUCUCUUUAAGAAGAUAUGAAAUAUAAUAUAAUAAAAAUUAAAGAAAUCCAUUAAUAGACUGAAGCCAUACCUUAGUUUGUUUCUCUCAAAUAAGAUAUAAAACAUAGUAGAACAACAAUUAAUUAAAUUCACUUAUCAACUUAAACUCUUGUAAAACAAAAUAUAGAAGUCACCUCUUUGUUACCAGGUUUAGCAAAUAUGAUAAAGUCAACUUAGAUGAUCUCAGAAUAAAUUUAAGUUGUUCCAAAAAUUGAUGCUUAAAAUACACAAUUUACAUAGCUAUAAAAGUAAAUUAAUGAGUAGAUUAUGUAGCUUAAAUAAUAAAUUUAGUAUAUCCCAAAUUGUUAUAACUAAACAUUGAGCAAUCAAGUCAACCUCUUAAAUGGCCUUAUUAGAUAGGUACAUAAUAUAGGAUUAAUCUUGGAAAAAAAUGGAGACAACUAAAAUUAAUCAGGCUAUAAAUUGUAUUAAUCCCCUACAUAUGGAGGUAAAUGA